CAAGUAAUCCGGAUUACGUGGUUACGUAAUCAGACUACCGCAGUGUGCUUUGUCUGUUUCCACAAAUUGCUGUCUCGCUCUAAAUGCAACACAUUGUACGGAUAAAUUGUUAAAAAUGGAUACCAGUAUGGAUACCGGUACUCUUGCCACAUCGUUCCACGUCUGGCGAUAUCGACAACAUUUUAUUUUCAAGGAAGUAAAAGACAAGAAUAUAAUCGUUCAAUGUGUUCUAUGCAAACCCAAAAUCCGCAUGCUGUCUACCUCCAAGAACUCGACAUCAAAUCUGAAGAAACAUUUAGAGAGAAAGCAUCCCAGCAUGUAUCUAAAGUCCCCUAAAGUUGAGAUGAAUGGACCAAAUGGACCAACCACCUCAGAUUCUCCUAAGGAGCCAAAGUACAAGAAAUCCAAGCUGGAAAGCCUAGUCCAUCAAAUGACAUCACAGCCAAAAGUGAAUGCCCUGGUCUUCAACUUCAUGGUGGAUGAUGUCCAAUCGCUGUCUGUCUUGGAACAGCCUGCAUUCAGGAAGCUGAUUGAGGGUUUAAGUGGAGGGAAGAUGUCCAUGACCCGAAAUACAUUUAUCAAUAGAAUUGAGAUGGCAUUCUCCAAAAUGAAGGAUAAACUAAAGGAAAAUCUUGACAGUGUACAAUCAGUGUGCACUACAGCGGAUAUCUGGACAGCCCACAACAGAAGCUACAUUGGGAUGACAUGUCAUUGGAUUGAGAAGAAUGAGCUGGAGAGGAAGUCUGCUGCACUUGCCUGUGCCAGAAUAAGGGGCGCACAUACAUUUGAUACAAUUGCAGCCAAGAUAAACGAGAUUCAUGUGGCCUACAAUAUUGAAAACAAACUUCAGGCUACUGUCACUGAUAAUGGCAGCAACUUCGUCAAAGUCUUUAAAGAGUUUUCAAAGGGGGACAAUGAAAAUGAUGAAGAUGACAAUGUUGAAUUUGAGGACGUGGGCACCAUUCUUGAUGGAGCAGAUGAGGCCAUGCACCUCUUUCUGCUGCCGCACCAGAAAUGUGCAUCACACGCAUUGAAUCUGAUUGCCUCCCAUGACCUAGCGCAAGCUCUAUCACAGGGAGAAACUGCCCAAGUGUACUACAGCGCAAUGGCCAAGUGUUCUGUCGUAUGGAACAGAGUCCACCAAUCCCCAUUGACUAUAGCAGCAGUGGAGGACAUAGAGAAAAUGAAAUUGACUGCUCCUUGUGAGAGUCGCUGGAGUUCUGAAUACUGUGCAGUGGAAAAGAUGGUUUCUCUCCCUGAAACAAAACUAAUGGAUGUUUGUGACAGCCUGGGGGUCCCAAGACUGCUAUCUUACGAGAUAGCAUUUUUAAAAGAAUACGUAGAUGUCUUCAAGCCACUUGCUUUUGCACUGGACCUCUUCCAAGGAGAGCAAAAAUGUUUUCUUGGACUGGUCAUACCAACGGUACUCACAUUGAAGAAAAAGCUAUGUGAGAAGAAAACUCUUACACUCUAUCUCUUCGACGUAAUCAACCCUGUUCUAGAAGCAAUAGAUUCCCGCUUCAAACAGCUGUUUGCUAGUCUGGAUGCAAAAAUGGCAACAGCAACUACUCCACAAUUUCGUUUGUGGUGGCUACCAGAAGCUGAGAGAGAAGACAUGCAUUUGAUGCUAGUAGCUGAGGCGACACCAAUGGAGCUGACUGAUGGUGCACCAAUCGGCAGCGACGACAUGCAGUCAGAAGAUGAAUUCUUCAGUUUCGGACCUGGGACCGGCAACAGUGACACAGAAGAGGAAGUCCGGAGGUACCUAGAGGGAACCAGCAAAAAUCUCAGCUGCCUGAAAUACUUCCCAAGAGUGAGAAAUCUGUUCCUCAAAUUCAACACCAUCCUACCCUCAAGUGCUCCUGUGGAGCGCCUCUUCAGUCAUAAUGGGAACAUUCUCACCCCCCAAAGGAAUGGUCUGACUGAUGAUCAGUUUGAGCAAGUUCUCCUUUUGCGUUACAACAGCAAAAUAUGCACACAGGACAAAAUAUUCCCUGAAUGAAAAAGGAAUGGGAUUUUUCUCACAGAUUAUGUAUUAGAGGUGUAUUCUUGGUUGUGUUUCUUAAGCUGUUUUAAAAGUAAUCAAAGGCCGUGCACACUGAGAUUUAAACAGAGAUUUAUGUUUGAAAAAUGUUUGUCUGCGUGACAUAUUAUUAUACUCAACCAAAAUAUAAAUGCAACAUGUAAAGUGUUGGUCCCAUUUUUCUUGAGCUGAAAUAAAAUCCCAGAAAUGUUUCAUAAACACAAAAAGCUUAUUUCUCUCAAAUUUUGUGCAUAGAUUUGUUUACAUCCCUGUUAGUGCGCAUUUCUCCUUUGCCAAGAUAAUCCAGCCACCUGACAGGUGUGGCACAUCAAUAAGUAAGCUAAUGAAAUAGCAUAAUCAUUACACAGGUGCACAUUUUGCUGGGGAGAGUAAAAGGCCUUUAAAAUAUGCAGUUUUGUCACACAACACAAUGUUGCAGGUUUUGAGAGAGCGUGCAAUUGGCAUGCUGACUGCAGGAAUGCCCAACAGAGCUGUUACCAUUUAAUAGAAUGUUCAUGGCUGUGCUCCUGCCCAGUAAUGUGAAAUCCAUAGAUUAGGGCCUAAUGAAUUGAUUUCAAUUGACUGAUUUCCUUCUAUGAACUGUAACUCAGUAAAAUCUUUGAAAUUGUUGCAUGUUGCAUUUAUUUUUUUGUUCAGUGUAUAUAUAUAUAUGUAUGUAUAUAUUCUGAAUAUUGAGUUAUGUACUAGUUGUUAAAUGUGAACAUAGUAUACUAGUUGUUAAACGUGAAUGUUUACUUAAUUAUACUUGUCAGAACAUUGAGUGUUCUUUACUAGUUGUUAAACGUGACAAUCUACUUUUCUUUACUACUUUGCUUAAAAAAAAUGUACUCAAGGCUAAUAGCCUACUUUUUACAUGAGUAUAUUUGAAAAUGAGUAACAAAAAUUAAAUGUAACGUGUUUAUUUGUGCUUUUAUUAAACAUGGGGGUACCUUAAAUAUUUUAAAA